AUGGCUGCCCGAGGGAGACGGGCGGAGCCUCCGGGUCGGGAGGCGCCGGGCCCCGCGGGUGGCGGCGGCGGCGGCGGCGGAAGCCGAUGGGCUGAGUUGGGGCCCGGGACGUCGCCCGAGAGCGGGGAUGAUGAAGUGUCGGGCGCGGGCUCGAGCCCGGUGUCGGGAGGCGUGAACUUGUUCGCCAACGAUGGCAGCUUCCUGGAGCUGUUCAAGCGGAAGAUGGAGGAGGAGCAGCGGCAGCGGCAGGAGGAGCCGCCCCCGGGCCCGCAGCGACCCGAUCAGCCAGCCACCGCUGCCGCCGCGGGUCCCGGGGAUCCGAAGAGGAAGGGCGGUCCGGGCCCCACGCUCAGCUUCGUGGGCAAGCGCAGAGGCGGGAACAAACUAGCCCUCAAGACGGGAAUAGUAGCCAAGAAGCAGAAGACGGAGGAUGAGGUAUUAACAAGUAAAGGUGAUGCAUGGGCCAAGUACAUGGCAGAGGUGAAAAAGUACAAAGCCCACCAGUGCGGUGAUGAUGAUAAAACGCGGCCCCUGGUGAAAUGA